AUGUCUGCCCCGGGAUCAGUGUCCGAAGAGACCGAAAAUACAAUCGUGAUCUCCAUAGACCGGUCCUUCAGCGACGGCAACCCGGCAAUAUGGCCGAAAGACCCCAAAUAUAAAUUGUGCAAUGACAGAACUUAUCGCGAAAAGCUUGCUGUGCUUUGGUUGAAGAAGAUGGGAGCGUAUGAAGACGGGAUGAAUUAUAUCAUAAACAAACUACCAGAUGGCUACGCCUUUCUUGAGAGACCUCGCAUUGUCAACCCGGACAUUUAUGAUAGGUUCCUCUACGGCCAUCCGGUUGGGCAGUAUUUCCAGUCCACGAUUCAAUUUUUCCCCCAUUUCUACUAUCUGAUGACGGGAGCGGUUGCACCGUGUAAAUGCGCACUUUGUGAGAGACUGCAGAAGCAGAAAGCUCGUCGAGAAGCGGGCAUGCCACUUCGUGGUGGUCGAUUACCAGGCCCGACUCCCUCUCGAGGCUCAGUUACGAGUUCUCGCGGAUCAAGUUUAGCUUUUCGAGGGUCAAGUGUAGCCUCUCGCGGCAAACCAGUGGCUAGAGCUGCUAGAAGUGUAAGACAGCCAGUUCGUCCCGUUGUUGAUGGUGAAGGGACAACUGACGUCUACAAAUUGGCCAUUAUGGAGCUAAAAGAGAAUGGCCGGUUAAGCAAGAAGAUUAAAGAGAAGACUAGUAUGGACUGGCGGGCUGAGAGAGAGAGACUCAGAGAAUAUCUGGAGAAGUUGGAUCUGCAGCCGUCUUACAUACCUCGAGCUGGUGAAAUCGUUCUCUGGACACGUGAGCUUAAUGGAGGGCUACUAUGGAACUCAGAGAACAAUCGCGUCGAAAUCUUUUCUGCCGAGGAGGAUCGAUGGCUGGGGAUGCCGGAAUGGCGAGCAGGGGUCGUCGGACAGGUUCCGGAAGAUGAUAUCGUGCUUCAAGACUUAGUCGAGACUACUCCGAAGGAACAGGCUGUGAAUUAUUCGGGAUUCCGCAUCGAGACUUUUCCUGACCCUAACAGUAGCGAUAAGAGCUACUCGCUGCACUCCAAAUACGUUCCGCUACGGUGCAUCAAGCCGUUUAAUUCGUUUGAACUCUUUGUGCAAGGGAUGUCGCGCAAAGAGCUCCAUCCAUCCAUUGAGAAUGCCUUGACGGUUAUGUCCUCCUUCAGCUUACUGGACAAGUACCAUAUCAAAGGUACCUGGCCAAACGCAGCAAUAUACUGCCGGGGGAUCUUCAUUGGUGCUGAGCUUUUGAUCAUUGGUGACGCUGUUCGACUGAAACCAAAGGGUUACAACUCGAACAGCCUCCAAAACGCAAGCGUAACAGACGUAAUGGUGAUUGAUGAAAUCCAAAUGGAACUGAUAAACUGCGAGGAAGACGUCAAAUCUGCUAAUCUAGCAGAAGACUGCCGCGUCCGCCUCAGUGGUAAAAUCUACACAACAAGCUCCGUCCGCGCACAUAAGGAAGUCGACGUCACAAAACUUUUCCGCGGCUUAUCCGAACAAGAAAUCUCAAACACCUUCCAAUACACUGGCAUGGGUGGCUACGGCAACUGGUACCACCUGUACACGGGCAAAACCGCCAAAGUCUCCCAUGACAUGAUCCUCGGCCGCUGCUACGAACCCGACGCCAUACGCCUCCUCUUCGGCAAUCUUUCAAUGAGCCACGAUUUGCAUGGCAUUAUCAUGGCGCGUGACUACUCACGACAAGCCGACGGCCGCAUCCCCGAAGGCAAGCAAUGGUUCUGGGGCGACUUCCGCACGCAGACACUAGCCAUCGACUCCCUCAACGGUGAAGAUGUGGGCUACUACAGCGAAGCACGAGAUGUCAAGAUGUGGCGCGCUAACCUCAAAGUCAUCGACGGUACAGCCUGCCCUGCAGAUUACCGGGAAGCAAAACUCCCUGGUGAAGUAGGAAGACCGUCGGCCAAGUCGCGGUCUACUUUUGCGGAGGUUCGCAAGACUAGCUCAUUGGUUAGUACGGGGUUGGGGGCUACGACUGAUAUAAGUAAUACAGUUAGUUCUGCGGAUGAGGGAGCUGCACAGGAGAAUUCUUCUUCAGGGGAGGAGGAUUUAACUGUUCCUAUGAAGUGUUUGCUUGGUGGGACUGAGGAGACUGAGGAGGAUUAUGUUUCUGGAAAUGAGAGGAAGGCGAAGCGGUCGAAGCAUUGA